CCAUUCAGAAACUGCGCUCACGCAUUGAUUUAGCUUGUUAGCAUCGCUAACAAGCAUAUAAGCUGUUUUGUUAACUUUAGUGAAUAAUAAACACAGUAUACACAAAGUACAAAUACUGCUUGCGUUUUACAGCUUUUUGCGUUGUUUUUCGAACAUUUGGGAGCACGGUUCUUUGUUUUUAAUGUAUGAGUACAGUAAUAGUUUUAGCAUUUGGCUGUUUUGAUGGUAAUGUUGUGACAGGCUCUCUUUCAAAUAACUGAUUCUUGAAUCAUGAAGGUGAACAAAACUAUGCAGGUUAAAAGCCAUGUGAAGUCGCUGAAGUGGAAGAAUGUGAGAAGCAAAUGGAGCCAACCUCCUAUCCGGUCCUGUGAUCUCAACUCUACUCCUGUCAUGGCCAGGGUGAUUCAGGAGGCCCAGGCACCUGUGAAUAAAAAGUCCAAAGUAAAGAGACUGAAAAAUAAGGCCAAGUCUGUCUCGGACAAGAAAAGCAGCCUUCAGUCUGAUUUAAAUAAAUCUCACACAAAUGGAAGUUCUGCGUUUUCAAUGGACAAUGACUCAUAUGACUCGCAGGAUUGGAAGUCCUAUUCUAAGUCCUUUAAUGGGAAUGCUGCACAUUCAUCGAAUGGCACAGAGGCUGCUGGGUCAGGAAGACUUGAGGGAGAGUCUCUUCAUUAUUGUGCUGAAAGAAAUGAUCAGGAAAAUCAUGCAGUACUCCUCAUGCAAAAGGAUCAGACCCUGUGUUUCCGUGGGAAGUGUUUUAUGACAUGCCUGUAUGGCCGAGUAGAAGUGAUGGGAUUCACCAUUGAAGAGGGGCAGCAGUCGUACCCACUCUUCUCCCCGGCUUCGCAUUGUCCACUGACCAUCACAGCACUGGAGAGCACGGCUGAUUCCAGAGAUGAUAAGAUGGCAGCAACACCUGUGCUCCGCAGAUAUCUUCCUGCUGCAUCACGGAAAAAGUUGGCUACACGAAUAAGAAAAAACUCUUCUGUCAUUCUGCUGGAGCCUAUGGAGAUGCCUCUGACACGCUUUCUGUCAAGCUUCACAGAUCUCAGUGAAUUGUUCAGUCCUACAAUGAGUGAACUUAUGUCAGCUGUUCUCGAUACACCACUCAACGGUUUGGGUAUGAUUCCACUGGCCAGUGCCGUCGAGGGUCUAAAAAUGUCACCGAGCUACACGGAUGCUGUAAACACUGUGGUCAGUGCCUGCAGAGGAGACAUGGAUGGUUGUGCAGUCAUCCUCAUCUGUGGUACCAAGAACGUGGGAAAAUCAACAUUCAUCCGCAUCCUCAUCAACACUUUACUGAAUCACACUGCAGGUGUUGAUUACCUGGAAGGUGACCUCGGUCAAACGGAGUUCACACCCUCUGGCUGCCUGUCAUCGCUGACGGUCACAGAACCACUUCUGGGUCCUCCUUUUACACAUCAGCGCACACCAGAGCACAUGAUCUACUAUGGUCAGACAUCAUGUGAGUCAGACUUGGACCGCUACCUUGAAUCCCUUAAAUUUUUGUGGCGUAGACGCUCCCAGAGCAGAGAGACUCCCGUCAUCAUCAACACCAUGGGCUGGAUCAAAGGAUUUGGUUUUCAGCUGCUAGUGGACAUGAUCCGGUUCUUCCCGGUCUCACAUGUUGUGCAGCUGGGUCACAGUGGGACCACACAGUGCCCUGCCCUCACGCCAGAGUUUCUCAGGACGGCACAUGGCUGCCAGACACACCCACCUGCCCAGACGGCUCUGGAUGAGUUCACAGAGAGCCACAGUCCUCACAGAAGCUAUACUCACCUCAUUGUUCAGUCAGAUUUUCAGACAGUGGGACGACAAGGAACAAUGAAACACCAGCGAAGUAAUGAGCAGAGAGAGCUGUCGCUGCUGGCCUACCUCAGUCAGCUCCAGUCUCCUGAGCCGGGUCCUGUUAGACCUCUACACUGCCUGACCCCGUACCAGGUACCACACACAGCGGUGGCUUUAGGUGUGGUUCAUUGUGACGUGGCACCCGGUCACAUGUUUUAUGCUGCAAAUGGCAGUCUGGUGGGACUGUGCUGCCUGGGUGAGAAAGUAACGAGUCGGGGAGGUCCAGUUCUGCUGUCCCAGGCACCCAUCUGCCCGUGUGUGGGCUUUGGUGUGCUCCGAGGUAUUGACAUGACUCGUGGUCUGUACUUACUGCUGACGCCUGUGGUUCCCGCCGUCCUUCGUAAAGUCAACUGUCUCCUCCUGGGAGCCGUAUCACUACCUUCCUGUAUCCUCACCACUCAGCCCGGCUUUGAAGGAGAAAUGCCUUAUGUGACUACAGACUACAGCUUUGAUCUCACUGGUGCGGGAAAGCUGCGUGUCUUCAAGGGCUUGGCAAGACCGAGUCAGAUCGGCAUGCAGUGACUCUGUGUAUUUCUGCUGCCAUUUGACCUCUUUCUUGACCGGUGUCUUUUGCCAGUCAACAAUGGCCUUUGAGUGGACAUAACUGGGGUCACAUGGGACAGUUAUUUUAUUUUUUUCCUCUGACCCGGCAGUGACAGAGACUGCAACAGAUGGCUGUAGGAGGUGGUGAGCUCCACGUCGCUGAACGUGUUUUUGAUUCCCUCCUUCCCUGCUGUUGUCAUCACGUACUAGUCUGAUGGUAGUUUGAGUUACUGUUUCCUCUCAAGUGGACACUUUCUUACGUUGUAGGUAAACUCUCAUUUGUUAUUACUUGUUUACAUUUGAUGUUUUACAAUUAAGCUUAAAACAUGACUUGUCAGAUAUUAAAUGAGAAACUGCUUUAGUUCAAACUUUGUGUUUUGCGUCACUGGUGGUUGUUACAAUUCACGUCACAGCUAAAAGUUUAGAAAUGAUGGCUGAGCAUAGAGAUAUAAUGAGAGUCAAACAAUUCAGAAACAUGAUAAACUUUUUUUAAAUAAAUUUUCUAGAAUCACUAAAUUAUGUAAGCAAGUAUUUUUGGGCAGUUGAUUCCCCUAUAAGGAUAGCAUCUCACAAAGCGGCAAAUCCUGAUUAAUGUUGUAAUUUUUUUUUCUUUCUUUUUUUUCUUUUUUUGGAUGAAAAUCAAGCCCAGGUCUCAUGGUGUGGCAAAUACUGAUGAAUGCGAUGAAUUUCUGCUGCCCUUGAGGAAGAAUUGCAGUUUUCCUGCUGCAGAAAAGAAGGAAAAGAGGAAAAA